CAUCCUAAGUUAAAAGAAGAUACCAGGUAUUGACCACAUUUUAAAAAUUGCAUUAGAGCUAUAGAUGGCACACAUGUAUCUUGUAUUGUCCCUUCUAAAGAUCAAAUUAAAUACAUUGGUAGAAAAGGCUUCACUUCCCAAAAUUUAAUGGUUGUAUGUGAUUGGGACAUGUGCUUCACAUUUGUAUGGCCUGGAUGGGAAGGUACUGCACAUGAUGCUAGAAUAUUUGACCAAGCGCUUAGAAGGCAGAACCUUAAUUUCCCUCAUCGUCCAUCAGGUAAAUAUUAUUUAGUUGAUUCAGGUUAUCCAACAAUGACGGGUUAUUUAGGGCCAUACAAGGGUGAACGUUAUCAUCUCCCCGAUUUCAAACGUAACUCUAGUUUCAGAAAUCCAAAUGAGACUUUCAAUUUUUUUCCCUCCAGUUUGAGAUGUACAAUUGAGAGAACAUUUGGAGUUUAGAAAAAUAGGUUUGCUCUCUUACGCUCCAUGCCAUCAUUUAAGUUUGAUACUCAGGGCUAAUCUUGUUACAACUACUAUGGCUAUACAUAAUUUCAUACGACGACACUCUUCCACCGAUAAAUAUUUCAACUAUUAUGCUAAUGAAGACAUUAUCUCAGAGAUCGAGCAAGGAGAUGGGCCUUCUGGUAUUCCUUCAGAAAUACAAGGCGGAUCUUCUACUAUUAUGGAGACAUUGCGUGAUAAAAUUAGGGAUGAAAUCAUUGAGAAUCUUUGUGAUGUAUGAAUGAUUCUACUUAUUUUUGUGUUGAAUUUUAAUUUAUGGAAUAAUUUUGAAUAUUAUUUUGGUUGUAAUUUUUUAGUAUAUUUAAAUCAUCGUGUUGAUAUUAUA